UAAGUGAGGAAUAAACAUAUGUAUUGUAGCGCAAAUUGGUAAACAUUUUCAUGACUUACUUCUCACGCGGUGAUUCUCUCUAAUUCUGGCAGCUGGUCUUCAUUGGGCGAUAGAAACUAGCAAUUGGGUGUUUUUAGCUGCACACAUAAAUGUACAUAGCGCGCAAACGUGAGUGCUUGGCGGUACAGGGUACCAGGGAAAGCGCUGUUGCGCAUUGGGAUCUUUACUGAAGCCAAAUUUAAAGCGCGUAUUUUAAAGUUGCUAAGGAGCUUGGUUACGCGUACGCUGUGGGCGCGGCGCACUUCACUUGCCAUUUUGCUGUCACUUUGAGCGGACAUGCGCUGAUCUCUACAACUAAAAUCGUGAGUAGAAAAUAGUGUUAUUUAUAUCGUGACACUUUUCCCAGCUAUUUAAUUUAGGGCAAGUCUAGCUUGGGGUAAUUUAGCGCACAGUUAUCCAAAGUCCGCAUAUUUUUAGGUGAAAUUUAGGAGAGAAAAUAAGCCAGAUAUCAGUCGAGGCUGAGUUCCAGAUAGAUCAACAGUGCCUACUGCACACGUUUAGUUACCGGACCACGCAAUAUGCGACUAGGGAGUACGGGUACCAGUUGCCCUGCAAACCAUGCAUUCAAUACACGUCUUUUUACUGACGGUAACCAGUGGCAAUAAUAAUUAUGUGGCUACGGCUAGUCACCAUUAUGCGUAUAAUAGAUCAUGCGCAAACGCACGAGGUAUCUGCCAAAGCUAGCCAUAGCCAAGUCAAACGUAGUAGUCAGAUUAUGUAUGUCAUUUAUGUACGCUGCAUGCCGGUACGACGGUCACCAGAACGAUGGAACAUUCAAGGCGGGAUUUGGAUUUCGUUAAGCAACAACUGCAAGUGCAUUUUAAUAUUGGUCUCGUGCUGGUCUUGGCCCAAAAUUCUGAGAACAGUGGGUGCAAGACCAAGACCAAGACCAGCGUUUUUUUCCGAGACCAUGCGUGGUCGAGACCAAGAACACAUUCAAACUGGUCUCGAGACUGGUCUCGAGACCAAGACCAGUCUCGACGGCUACAACACUGGUACAUGUACCUCCGAUUCAUUUGGUGCAAAUUAAAUGAUGCAUCGAGUAGUACAAGUUAUAUUUUGUUUCUGAUUGUCAGUUACUUGCUUGCCAAAUAGGGUUUGCCUGCAGCAAGUGGGGAUAUAUUUUCCCCGAACGGACGCACCCCCCGGGUUGUCGUGAACCCACCGCCCAUAUAGAAUCCCCAUUGCGUGCGGAGCCGCUCCUGCUUGCAACUCAAUAUAAUAUUUUGUGGGAGAAAAAAAAACGCCACAGUGUUGAAGUGGAGCAUCAAACUGAUUGUGGGAUGGAGUUCCAGAUUCUUGAAUCAGCCACAGUGAGAGCCUUAUCUCCUGCUUUCCUUGCAGUGUGAGGAAUACGUAUGUUGCCCUGGGAGCGUAAGUUUCUUCGUGUCAGUGCUGUAAGAUCCAGUGAGCUUGAAAUGUAUUUUGGAGAUGAGUUAGUGUUUACUUUGUACAUUAUUAAGGCUGUCUUGUAUAGACGAAUCCAAGCGCGGUUUACGAAAGGGCGCCUCUUUCUUUCCCGCCAUUACUGGGACGCAUUUUGCAUUAUGCAUGUGACCGCUGACCUCUGAUUAUCGAGUUAAGUGCACAGUGGCAGACGAUCAACAACAAAAUUAUGUAUUUUAGACCUUAAUGUUUUAUUUAGAUUGUUGUUCUUUACCACAUUGAUGGUGUAAUUGUUUUGCUUCAAGAAAAUAUGUCUACGAAAAAAAAAUCCUCCAAGACAUGACUUAAAUUAUUAAUUUAUGCGCACUGCCCGGCGGAAUUUGUCCGUGUCAUAGCGCGCAAUUCGUUCAGUCUUCGACGGGGCUUGCGUGGCGUCAGCCCCCCGUGCAGUCAACUGCAUUCACGGUGCGAAUAUUUGGGUGUCAUGACAUGGUGCAGCCGUGUACAGCUGAUUUAUUUAUUGCCAGGAUUAGGUUUUGUAUCUGAAUAGCUACCAGCAUCACGACUGGACACAGGUGAGUUUCGCUUCUGACAUGUCUGACAAUGACGCGAAGAAAGGCUUACUGAAAGAGAACUUGAAGGUUGAACAAGCUGAAGUCGAAUUCGAAGUUGCAAAUUUUCUGGGUAGGCCUAGCCCUAUAGCCUGACGUUUUACAUUAUCAUCAUGAUCAUGCAUGAUUAGUACUGGCAAUACUUCAUGUACUUUUAGCAAUUCAUGUACGCCUUGUAACAGGCCUAGAUUUUCUCAUAAGUCCUGUGCAAUCCCUUCCCAAGUUUAAUAAUAAUUGUGCACAAUUUUAAUUUUCCAAAUUAUCAUAUAAAUCAGUGUCAGUGAUAUAAGUCAUGGAAUGUCAAUGGUCAUGAUCAGCAAUAUUGUUUUUGUUCAUCUUAUAACAGGCCUAGCGUUUUUCCAAAUACAUGUAAUUCAUGGAGUGGACUGAUGAUUUACGUCAGUGGCCUAGGCUAGAAUUUCAAGGUAAUUUAAACAGAAGGCACGAUCAUUUACAGAUUACAAUUUACAGAUAACUUUAUUUUCAAUAGGUUUAGAAAACUAUGCACAAUCAUAUUUUGCAAUAGAACUAUGAAUUAUCUUUGGCAAUUAAUAGUCUGUCUAUGGUCAGUUGCAGGAUUUUUUUUUUUUGAAGUUGCUUUAUUUUUUAUUUUGUGAUAUGGAUGAGGCUGCAUAUGUAUACAUUUUAGUAAAUUUAAUUAUUUUUUCAAAUCUUAAUAAAUAUGAAUUACCUUUUUACAUGAAACAUACAUAAAUUUUAAUUCAAUUCAUCUAUUAUCUCAAAUAGUCUUCAUAAAUAAAUAUUAAAAUUUUUACAUGAAAGACAUGUGCGCUGUAAGUAAAUUCAAUUAUUGUUUCAAAAAAAUUAAUAAACAUUACCGUUAUCUCAUUUUAAUUUCAGAUAUUUAUGACUUCUACAUAAAUGGACCUGCAUGCGAUGAUCAUCCCAAUUUAAAUCAUCGAAGUAUAAGUGAAGGGCUUAACUACCUUCAUUCCGGAUGGGUAGGAGCUAUAAAGCAUUGCUACAAAACUGUUAAUAAGGACAUUAUUACACUGGCUGUUCAAAUUCGCUUUUCCCAGAGGAUAAUCAACUUUCACAAUGUUGAAGUAACAGUGAAUAAAGCAAAUAGGCAAAUAGUUACUGUUAAAUGUAAUUGUACUGCUUCUGAGGGGAAAUCCUGCAGCCAUUCAGCUGGCCUUCUCUUCAAAAUUGUGGAAGCUAACAAGUGUGGAUUCACAGCCAGUUCAUGUACGGAUAAAGAGUGCAUCUGGAAUCAUUCAACACAGGAAAAUGUACUUCCAGACAGCAUAAGUAAUAUCCGAGGGAAGAAUGAAUCCACCGUCAAUACAAGUCUUGCAUUUGAUACUGAUGAGCAACUUAUGGACCAUUUGAAUAGUUCAACACUGAAGGAAUUAUCUGCAAUACCCGGAACUAUUUUAAAUCACCUUAAAUCAGCCAAGCCAUUGUCCCAUCCCCACAACAAGCGCACACUACCAGACCAUGAACUGCACAACACCAACAUGGAGUGCCCUGCAUGUUUCAUGACUUAUGAGAAAUACGUGCACCUUUCAACUACUGACGCUGUAUUGCUUGCACAGUCUACAGUUAACCAAAAGUGUGCUCUGUGGACAACACAGAGAAAACUUCGAAUAACAAGCAGCACAGCAGCUAGUGUUCCCAAGAAAGUUGGCACAGACCUGCCAAGUGGAUUGCAAAUCAUUUGCACCCAACAUUCUUAGGAAAUUCUGCAACUCGUUAUGGGCAAGAACAUGAAGCGGUUGCACGUGAGCAGUUUGAGAGGGACACUGGUAAACAUGUGGAAACC